UGAGCCGCUCCGCUGGCUGUUUUGAAUUUCGCGCCGACGUCUGGCUGUCGUCAGAACUCCUUCGUCACAAGAUACACACCUCGUCCACAACCAACGGCCAUGGCCAAGGCAACGCAUUGUGCUUUUGGAUUUGACUUUUUGAUUGACUUUUUGUCUCUUCUAACUACUGACUAACUAUAUAAGCAACAUGACGACGACUGGAGAAGACGAAGGCGCAGAGGCUGAACAGCCCAUCUUCUCGUUGAGUAUCUUUGAGACUUUGUCCAAGUCCCAAAACUCUCAUGGCGUGAUGCACGAAGACUAUCAUGAGUAUCACCAGUACUGCACCAACCGGUUGUAUCGAUUGCGUCAUGCCAAGCCUGUUCGGCGAGACCUGGUUCACAAUAGCAAGUACGUGGAAGGCGUUCAGUUGCGACGAAAUGCCUAUUGUUCCAGAAAGAAACAAGCCAAAGAAGAUGAUGAAAAAGAUGAGGACGCUGUAAAAGCACCCACCGUUACGAUGAUGGACCAUGAGAAUCAUCUGUGGGUUCCACUCUAUCAAGCCGAGCGUGCUUGGGCUCAAGCCUGCGAAAUCCAACGACAAAAGCGUCCCACCAAAACCCAACAACUCGUGCUGCGCAAACUUCGAAAAGCCGUGAAAUUUGCCACAACGCUGCAAGAUCUGUCCGUCACGACGUGCACGGAUCAAACCAAACAAGAAAUUGAAUCCUACGUGGGGUGGAUCCAGGGCAACUACGCACUGCAAAAGCAAGAAUACGCGCAAGCAUUGACGGCCUAUCGAUCCUCCAUGUCUAUCCUCCUAACAUUGGCACAACAGCAGAAACAAGAGGACGGCGAUCCUCGGGCGUUGGUAUUGGCCGAUUUGUGGACCACUCGCGCCGAGAGUGUCUUGCGACCACUGGUGCGCUUUUGUCAAUACGAAGCCAAAGACACUUCACCCGAUCCACUGGAAGAAACAACCGCCGCCACUUCUACUACAGCAGUCGAACAAGAAUCGGAAAUUGUCAUUCACUUCCGAGGCAAACAUGUCCCGUUGGACCCCUACAAGGAUCUAUGUGUCCUCCAUCUCAAGGCGGAAGCUCUGCAAAAGCAACAACCUUCUGAGAGCAAGGAGACGGAAUCGUCCUUUCUUUCCUUGCUGUCGCUGUACGAUGAUGCCACUGCCGUUAUUGAAGAGGAAUUGGCACGCUAUCAGAGCAUCCAAUCGGGACCUGCUGUCAAUGCCAAAAAGGAAGAAUUGGGAACCUUGGCAGGAUACUUUCAGUAUCAAAAACUAAACAAGAGUUUGCACAAGAAUCAAGAGCGGCUCGCCGAAUGUCACUCGGAUGCCGAACGCGUUCAUGUCUACGAUGCCUUGUUGCAAAAUGCACAAGCAAUCGCGCAAAUUGAUCAGGAAGAUGAAGAAGCCAAUGCCCACGUGUUGCGCAUUCGAGCAUUGCGAUGCUGUGAACUCGCCAAGGUCUAUCUGGUGAAUCUACACCAACCGGCAUCCGCCAAGGCAUUGUGGAAACAAGCCAUGACGUUGACCAAACGAGCCACGGAAGAAUUGGCGGCCUGUGACACGCGCGACAAGCAACACGAACAAGAAAUUGAUGCCUACUUGCAAGAAUUGGAGGACUUGCAAACACACGAAUUGGCGGUACUGGAAGUGCGAUGGAAGGCGGCCUUGUUUCUACAAAAGUCGUCGGGAACGGCCACGGGUGGAUUCACUACUGUGGGGACAGACCGUCCCUUGUGGAUGCGAUUGGAAGAGUUUGAUCCUGGUACAGGAGGCUCGCUGGUGGACAAUCCACCGAGACCCAUCCCGAUGCCCUGCAAGUCCGUCUUUUAUGAUACGGCUUGGAAAUACUGUGGUGGGAACUUUCCCGUGGAUGAGCUAGAGGAGGAAAUCGAAAAGCAACAACCCAAGCAAUCGGGAGGAGGCGGUUUGUUUGGAUGGCUAACUGGCUAACUGAUUAUAGACGGUUCAUCAUGUU